AUGGUUCAGGUUGCAAGAGACGUCAUAUUUGAUGAAAAUGCAAGGUGGAAUUGGGAGUUUAACCUGGUUGAGAAAUUUGAUCACAGAAUACUUGGUUUGGGGUCAUUAUCAGAAGUCAUUCAUGAAUUUGAUCAUGAUUGUGAUAACACUGAAUUUGCUAAAAAUUACAUUUUUGAGAUUCUCAAGAAGUUUAAUAUGUUGAGUUGGAAACUUGUUGAUUGUCCUGUGGUUGAGAAUGCUAACGCUGAUGUUGGUGAUCUUCCUAAGUUUACCAAGCCUUCAUUAUGUAGGAGCUUGAUAGGGAGUCUAUUGGUUUCAAAAGAAAGUUUACGUGGUUUUAGCGACAGUGAUUAUGUAAAGGACUUUAUUGAUUGCAAAAGCACUUCUGGCUAUGUGUUCUUCCUUGGGAAUUCUGCUUUCAGUUGGAAUUCUAGGAAGCAAGAUGUUGUGGCUCAAUCAACAGCUAAAGCAGAAUAUAUUGCUACUGCAACUGCCACUAAUUAG